UUUAGCUCCCUUGUAGUCUCCCUGUCUCGUGUCUGAGGACAGGCAAUCGCUGCCGGCUCCUGCUUCACAAUCCCUGUGAGCCGCGAGUUCUGACAAGUCCUCACCCUCUGCUCAUACCCGCUCUACGCCAAGCUGGAGGAUUAGGUAUUUCCCUCUUCUCCGAGUGCAACAUUCCUCCCAAAUGGAAUGUCGCUCUUGCUUUCUUGAGGCGGGAAUUCAUCCCUCGCAUCUGGCUGUGAUAACGUCUCAGCGGAACAAGCUGCUACUGUCUCAUUCCUUUGUGUAUUCAGCGUUGUGGGACGGGGAUGCUCUGACGGAGGCAGUGUCCCUGCUGUGGGUCUGGACUGGCUGGUAACAUGUUCUCUCGGUUCAGCCAAAAUGAAUUGGGGAGCUGUGUAAAGCAAUAGCAAGUAGUUUCUUGCACGCAGGAGCUGACCCCAAUGGAGCUGUAUUGAGUAUAGAAGCUGGUUUAACUGGAGUGAGCUGAUCCCACUGCGGUUAUGGGGGAGGACCCUGGGCUUGCAGACAGCAAACUCGCAGUUCCUCCUGGAAGGGAUGCCCUUCCGCAUAUUUGGAGGGUCCAUGCACUAUUUCCGAGUCCCCAGGGAAUACUGGGAGGACCGCAUGCUCAAGAUGAAAGCGUGUGGCUUAAACACCCUCACGACGUACGUGCCGUGGAACCUUCACGAACAAGAAAGAGGGAAGUUUGACUUCAGUCGAAACCUGGAUCUAGAGGCCUUCCUUUCACUGGCAGCUAAAAAUGGACUGUGGGUGAUACUGCGUCCUGGACCUUAUAUCUGCUCUGAAUGGGACCUUGGUGGUCUGCCCAGCUGGCUGCUGCAAGACCCAGAGAUGCAACUGAGGACAACAUACAAGGGCUUCACAGAAGCUGUAGAUGCUUAUUUUGAUCAUCUAAUGCCUAUCGUGGUCCCUCUCCAGUACAAGAAAGGAGGUCCCAUCAUUGCUGUGCAAGUGGAGAAUGAAUAUGGCUCCUACGCCAAGGACCCAAACUACAUGACCUAUGUUAAAAUGGCCCUGUUAAAGAGGGGGAUUGUGGAACUGUUGAUGACCUCAGACAACAAGAACGGGCUGUCGUUCGGCUUAGUGGAAGGAGCGCUGGCCACUGUUAACUUUCAGAAACUGGAACCGGGGCUCCUGAAAUAUCUGGACACAGUACAGAGAGAUCAGCCCAAGAUGGUGAUGGAGUACUGGACCGGCUGGUUUGAUAACUGGGGGGGCCCUCACUACGUCUUUGAUGCAGAUGAAAUGGUGAAUACUGUAGCAAGCGUCCUCAAAUUAGGAGCGUCCAUCAACCUCUACAUGUUUCACGGAGGCACCAACUUCGGCUUCAUGAACGGUGCUCUGGAGGCUGAUGAAUACAAGUCAGAUGUCACCAGUUACGAUUACGAUGCUGUCCUGACUGAGGCUGGAGACUAUACAUCCAAAUUUUUCAAGCUCCGACAGCUCUUCAGCAUGAUCAUUGGCCAGCCCCUUCCUCUCCCUCCUAUGAUUGAAAGCAAGGCCUCGUAUGGUGCAAUCCUCUUGCAUCAAUAUAUCUCCCUCUGGGAUGUGCUACCAUCUCUUUUACAGCCCAUUAAGUCAGAGUUUCCUGUUAACAUGGAGAAUCUGCAUGUAAAUGACAGCAGCGGGCAGUCAUACGGAUAUGUGCUCUACGAGACUGUCAUAUUUGGUGGUGGACACCUGCAUUCACGGGACCACGUCCGUGACCGAGCACAGGUGUUUGUUAACACCAUGUAUGUUGGCGAGCUGGACUACAACGCAGUGGAGCUCUCCCUCCCCGAGGGACAGGGAUUCAGGCAGCUAAGGCUCUUGGUAGAGAACCGUGGUCGCGUCAAUUAUGGCCUGGCAUUGAAUGAACAGAGGAAAGGCUUAAUUGGUGACAUCUUCUUGAAUAAAACCCCCUUGAGGAACUUCAAGAUUUACAGUUUGGAGAUGAAACCUGGCUUCAUGAAAAGCCUGCGACACGUUGCCGGCUGGAGCGCGGUCCCAGAUUACUUUGUCGGCCCGGCUUUUUUUCGUGGAAGGCUGUGGAUAGAGCAUCAGCCACAGGACACUUUCUUGAAGCUACAGGGCUGGGAGAAAGGAGUUGUGUUUGUCAAUGGUCAGAACCUGGGCCGCUACUGGAAGAUUGGACCUCAGGAAACACUCUACCUUCCCGGCCCCUGGUUACGGAAAGGGAGCAAUGAGAUUGUCAUUUUUGAAGAACGCACUGCCGGACGGAUAAUACAGUCUGUUGACAUACCUUAUUUAGGAAGGACCCAGUACGUGGACUGAUGAGAGCUGCUUUCCCAUGUUUGGUUCAUCUCGAAUACUCCUGGUUGCAUGUCUGGGGACACGACGGCCCAGGCCCUUGGGCAUGUUCCAUUUCCACUAGAGCCAGGUCAAGGAUUUGCUCUUUGGCAAAAAGUUCGGAAGAGAGAAUGGGCCCAGAAGGAACCAGAGUCCACUGUUUCAUCGAUGGAUGCAGAAGCUCAUCUCCCUGCACUAGCGAGGAGCCACAGCUUGGGUGGCUGCGCCUGGUGUCAUGGACCGUCUGGUGAAUGUGGGGAGUGAAAAGGCGCUUGGAGGCAGGAGAAGAGAGAGACAAAGAACUGAAACCAUCUGAACUGAAAGCUCAGCUCUCCAGUGACUCUAAAAACGUGUUAUUACUGGCCUCCUCGUUUUUAUAAUUAGAUAGGGAGAAAAUAGUUGGUGAACAUGUGAGUAACGAGGUGUGGAAAAGCAUUUUGUUGUGCUUCCAGGCAGAAUUCAGCAACCCACUCUGCCAUUACUUGUUCACUUGUUGGAAGCUAAGUUGGUUGUCAAAUGACUUGAAUUUGGGCCUUUUUUCCACUGAGUUUUGCUAUGGAGGUUGUCUCUCUCAAAAAGGAAAUUAAAAAGGUUUUAAAAAGUGAAA